AGGCUAAGCCCGGGGGUGCCCGUUCCCCGCAGCCCCCUUGGGGGGGGGGCGUCUUUUUUUUUUUUUUUUUCAUCAUUUUUUUUUUUUCCCCCUCCAAUCUGGGUUGUUUUUUUAUUAUGGGAUCUGCGGGGGAGAAGAUCUUCCAGUCUGGCUUUGCUGUGCUUCCUUGUCCGGCUCUCCGCGGGGAACUAUAAUAUUUCUUCCCCAGGAUGCUGCAGUGAAUCGUAGUCCCAGGAAAUCAGGUGAACAAAAAUAAUCCGAAUUACCCGAACCCCGUUUGUUACGUGUCGGAACGGACGCUGCCUGAGCACAGAUGAUGGCAAAAAAUCCCCUGGAAGGGUCCAAAGAGGACCUGAGCAAAAUUUCGGAGGAGGAGAUGCUGAGGUGGAGCAAGGAGGAGCUGGUGAAAAGACUGAGGAAAGUGGAGAAUGAAAAGAUGAACUUAAUGGUGGAACACGGCAACUUGAUGAAGGACGUGAACCGGCGGCUGCAGCUCCACCUGCACGAGAUCCGCGGGCUGAAGGAGGUCAACCAGAAGUUGCAGGACGACAACCAGGAGCUGCGGGAGCUCUGCUGCUUCCUGGACGACGACCGGCAGAAAGGCAAGAAGCUGUCGAGGGAAUGGCAGCGCUUCGGGAGGCACACGGCCAGUGUGAUGUGGAAGGAGGUGGGCAUGUACCAGCAGAAGCUGAAGGACCUGGAGGCGAGGCAGGAGACCCUCCUGCGGGAGAAUGUGGAGCUGAAGGAGAUGGUGCUCAUGCUGGACGAGGAGCGGAGCGGGGCCGGCUCGCGGAGCUCCAUCGACAGCCAGGCCAGCCUGACCAACCUCAACGGCGGCUCGGCCACCAGGGACGUGGGGGACGGGAGCAGCACCUCCAGCACGGGCAGCGCGGGCAGCCCUGACCACCAUCACCACCACCUCCACCACCACAAGGCCGGUGACAGCAAGGCCGGGGCCAUGCGGAGGUCUAUGGACGACCUGUCUGCGCCUCUCCACCACCGGAGCAUCCCCAAUGGUCUCAACGGUACCAGUCAGAUGUCACCUCCUUGCAGUCCCCAUACCACAUUGGCACAACGGUCUGGGUUGGAGGAAGCUCUCUUCUCUGCGAUGGAGACACAUCAGACCUCGAUGGCUCCUGCCAAACUGUGAAGCAAAGUUUCAUCUACUUGACCAGUUCCUACCUCAGUGACAUGAAGAGCACUCUUAGUCCUUCAAACAUUGCAUUAACUUUUCAUUUUCUGUAUUUAGGAUGUUAAUAUUUUUGGUAUCACAGGCCACUACAUACAGCUUCCUUGUGAUUAAAUAAGGAGACCCUCCCUGGGCUGAUAGGCUAAAUGUAAGACCUCUGUAGAAAUACUUGUUUCCCUCUCUUCUGUGUUCACUGAGUUCUGCUAAUAGGCUUUUAAAUGCUGAUGUUUCAGAUGCUAAGGCUACAGUUUGAGUUUCCUGUAGCCAGCAGUCAUUGGCCUCUCUACCAAGGGGCAUCAGCUGGAGGCAUCUUAGUCAUUGUCCACUCCUGCCUUCCUGCUGGGGCAUUAAGUGUGCCAACCCGUUAGGCUCGGAAACUUCGGGGUAGCUGGUGCCCAUGAAAACAAGGCUCAAGAAACUUAAGGCACUCAAAUUGGGCCAUGUCUGGAAAUAUUCUGUAUAGUAGUGCUUUUCAAUUUUGUAUUCCUCUUUCAAUUUUCUAAAGAGAUAUCUUGUUCUCAGCUGUCCCGUUGAAGGAAAAAAAAUGUAUUGAUUAAAAGGCAAUUUUCUAUGGGCCUUUGAUGGAAUUAUCCACUUACUCUUGUCAAAAGCAAUCAAAAUAAGGGAAAUAAAUUGUGUUGGUUACAUGUAAAUGAUUUGGUCCUCUGGAGGCAUUUCAUCAAAUAAAGCUGAGGAUCGAAUUAAA